AUGGGCCGGCUCUCGUCGAAAAGCUAUAUCAACCUGCACGCUCUCUUCCAGUUUGCGCUCGCCGUCUACCUCACUCGUUACCAGGAAGCUAUCGCGGACUGCGACCUCUCAUACAACGUUAAUGAUGUUAUUCGGAUCGAUGCGACCCCGACGUUCGCCCGACCUCGCUCUCCCUUCGCCUACUGCGGCGUCACCUUGCUAGUCUUCGCUCUUUUCGACCUGAUAUUGGCCACACGGCUACCGUUGAUCAACCAACUGAUCUCCGUGAUGAGCCGCCUCUUCAAUGCCCGGCGCACACAUGACUCCGCGCCGCCCUCAUCCCCGACAUCGUCCACCGCCGACAAAAUGCUCCAAACCUACACCUCCCUCUUUACGCACAUUUGUAUCCUGCUCGCCAUAACGAGGUGUCUAGUUUUCUCCGUCAUAUCAAUACGAAUAUACGCUUCUGCGUCGGAGGUUUGGGUGCCAGCUGCUGCAGCUACCGCUGGAGGCAGAGGGGGGAUGCUGGAUGCCGCUGCGUUGGCCGCGAAAGUGGCCCAUAUAAAAAACAAGGUGGUGCUGGGAUAUGCGGUGGCAGAGAUGAUGAUUUCCGCCUCGACUCUCUUAUCCUUGAAAGAUGAGCGGCUCCAGACGAGACCAGCACUCCUAUUCGGACCACUCAUCCCUUCGCGAUUUCUUCAAUGA